CGACCGAGACUUUUGUAAAAUCGCCAUCGAUAGAGCUACUCGCUUAAACUGGAUUCGUCUAGUGCUUCCGGUGCAAAACUGUGGCUACAUUGCUGAGGCUACGCCCCCUGCUUCCUGUAACAUUAUCUGUACCAUACUCGUCCCCCCGCCUCCUCCUCCUCCGAUCUCAGCAUCUCCGGAAAAUGUCCACAAUCAGGACACCGACACCGACGGCAGGCCCGAGCUCGCCCUUCGUCAUCUCGCCUAACUUACCGCCGCUGCCGCAAGUGCCCGGCACUGAUCCCGAGCGGUGUGUACUGGAUGCCUUCCGCACGGCGAUCGCCAAGCGGGUCGCGGACGCGCUGCCGCCGCUCACGGUUGAGCAAGCGUACACGGGCGUGGACUAUGGCAAGAAAGGCGUCGACUUUACGGUCGCGUUGCCCCGAUUCCGUCUGCCAGGGAAGGUGGACGAGCUCGCGAAAAAAGUGUUGAACCAGUUUCAACCUGACGAAUGGAUCGAGAGCGUGGUGCACGACAAAGCGUUUCUUCACUUCACACUCAAUACAACGACACUCAUCCGGCAAGUCCUGGACCAAGUGCACGCGCUCACGCACGCGACACCGUCAGGCCAGCCAGAAUACGGCACGAACACCUCGGGCGAGGGGAAACGCGUCAUUGUCGAGUACUCCUCGCCAAAUAUUGCGAAGCAGUUCCAUGUCGGCCAUCUUCGCAGUACGAUCAUCGGCGCCUUCAUCGCGAACCUCUACAAGGCGUGCGGAUGGGAGGUCAUCAACAUGAACUACCUGGGCGACUGGGGGACACAGUUCGGUCUGAUCGCAGUCGGUUUCAACAAGUACGGCUCGCGUGAGGCGCUCGAGAAGAAUGCGAUCAAGCACCUCUUCGAGGUCUACGUCAAAAUAAACAAGGACGCCGAGGCGGACCCUGAGGUCAAGUCCCAGGCGGCAGCGUUCUUUAAGCGCAUGGAGGAAGGCGACGAGGAGGCGCUGGCAGACUGGCGGGUCUGGCGGGAGCUCUCGGUCCGCAAAUACGAGGAGGAGUACGCGCGGUUGAACGUGCACUUUGAGGUGUACACGGGCGAGAGCCAGGUCGGGAAGGAGUCGCAGGACAUGGCGCUCAAGCGGCUGGAGGAGAUGGGCCUCAUCGAUGAGUCCCAGGGCGCGAAGCUCGUGAACCUGGAGCAAUGGAAGCUCGGCAAGGCCGUCGUACGGAAGAAGGAUGGGACGUCGAUCUACCUAACGCGCGACAUUGGCGGUGCCAUUGAGCGAUACGAGAAGUACAAGUUCGACAAGAUGAUCUACGUGGUGUCCUCGCAGCAAGAUCUGCAUCUUGCGCAGUUCUUCAAGGUGCUCAAGCUGAUGGACUUCCCGUGGGCGGAGCGGCUCGAGCACGUCAACUACGGGCUAGUGCAGGGCAUGAGCACGCGCAAAGGCACGGUCGUCUUCCUCGACGAGAUCAUCCGCGAGGCGGGCUCCGUCAUGCACGAGCAGAUGCGUAAGAACGAGGAGAAGUACAAGAACAUCGAGGAGCCAGAGGCGACGGCGCAGGAGAUCGGCAUCACAGGUGUGAAGAUCCAAGACAUGGCUGCCAAGCGAAUCAACAACUACACAUUCAACUGGGAGCGCAUGCUCUCGUUCGAGGGCGACACCGGGCCGUAUCUGCAAUACGCGCAUGUCCGCAUCUCUUCGAUCUCUCGAAAGAAUCCCGAGCUGCUGCCGCUUCCUGCGCCCGCGAAGAUUGACACGACGCUCCUGACGGAACCUGCGGCGCGCGAGAUCGUGCUCCUGCUCGGCUCGUAUCCCGACGUGGUCAAGACCGCGCUGCGCACACACGAGCCAAGCGGCGUUGUGACAUUCGCUUAUCGCCUCGCCCACGCCAUCUCGAGCGCAUGGGAGACGGUCAUUGUGAAGGGCGAGUCGGACGUGGAGAAGGCCCGCGCGCGAAUGUGGAUGUACCUGUGCGCCAGGGAUGUUCUGGGAGCGGCGAUGCGGUUGUUAAGUUUGAAGCCCCUAGAGCGAAUGUAGACGAGCAUAUUGGCACGCAUUUGACCUUUUUCUUUAUCAAUUGUCAUGAAGCG